AGCGCCAGGAAGACAGCAGGGUCUGGACAGCCUCUUCUCCCGCCUUCCUUUCCUCCCUCUAUUGCAUAACUUCUGACUGGAGGAAGGCUCAUUUUCCCUGCCUGCACUCUGACAGAAGUGCUCUCCAGAUUCUCUUUGUGUUUUACUGCAUCCUGGCAGUUUCCUGGACAGCGUACACGAUGAAUUUGACGAUCCUGAUUGUUAUGGCCGUGCUAACUGGAGUACUCGGGAGCCCUUAUGUUACUGAUACUGAUGUCACGCCUGGAUCAGACUCAGCUGGGAUGUCAGCCCAUCCUAACAGUGUGCCAGAGGCAGCGGAUGGCACAGAGGUCUUUCAUGAGGAAGGAGUGGUAGAGGAAGAGGGAGUUGAAGAAGAUGUGAUGGCGACUGGAGAGUUGAACCCCAGCCACUACCCAGCUCAGAGGGCAGCCAACGUAGUCAAACACUACCUCAACACCCGCUAUGGCUCACCGUACAGGUGGGUCGGACUGCACAAGGUUCACAGCGCCAAUGCAGAGGAGGUAGCAGAAUCUGGGAGGAAGUAUCAUCUGGAGAUCUCAGUACAGGAGAUGACAGGCAACACUACAGAGAAGUGCUCUGCAGAGGUGCUGUUUCCAGCUUUGGAGAAUCAGAGGUCACCCCAAGUUCAGGCGUCAUGUGAGGCCCUGCUAACAGCCAACACCACCGCUCAAGAAGAAGCCUUGUACCAACAGUACAGGAGAAACCACACACUUUUGUCAGGACACAAUUUACCUGAUAGCUAUGGUCACAUUGACCCUGACAUGAAGCCCCUCUGGCACCUGGGGGGCGUGGCUUCCAGCUUUGUCAUGCUCAAGGAGUCGACUGAAAACACUCUGUACAACAUGGCUCAGGUGGCUAACGUCACCCAGCUGGAAACUGAGAACGACCAGCUGAGGUUCAACUAUCACGUCCUGCUGCAUGACAUGGUGUCCCAGGAGAUUAUUCACUGGAAGCUGCUGGUCACUUGGUCUCCAGCAGAGGGAGUUAAAGUCCUGCAGAUGGAGGAACUGCCAAAGUGCGAGCAUUGUGAAGUGCCUCCAAAGCCAAAUUAAACCCCGAGCACAUUCAUCACACUGCUGCCUACAGCCAAAACAACAUCUUGGUGCACAUAUCAUGUAUUCAGAUUAUACUGUAAAUGUAUUCAGGGCAGGGCUGCAAGAGCUAAACCAUGAUAUAUUGUUUUGCAACACACCUUUAGGCCUAUGAAAAGGUAUAGUUUAUGUUGCCAGGAAUAACUUCUGCAUAUACAUAAUGAUAUGGCAGCCUUAAAUCACGCUGUAUUUCUGGUUGCUGGGGUACUACAGCCCAAUAAAACUGUCUAUUGGUACAAUACA